AAUAGUAAUUAUGAAAACCUGAAGGGAUCAUGUUUUUUACUCUGUCAAAGGAUUAAAAAAAAGUUACCUGCGCAUAAGCAUAAGAUGUGUUAGAUAUACAGAUUUUUCACUGACCCACUUUUACCAAUCCCUCAAGAGCGGGAUUUCAAAAUUUUAUUGGUGAUUGGGAAUCUAAAUAUUUUUUAGGUUAUAUUAUUAUUUACCAUUACUAACCUUGUGUCACUGGAUAACUUUGUUUUGUUAUAGAAUAAUAAAUAAGAAGAGUUCAAGAGCAUGCUUAUAAAAGAAUAAUCCUAUCUAUAGUUCCCGGUAAUCUGAAGAUUUAUUGUGUUUCCUGAAAUGAAAUACGACGUCUUGAAAACUAUUGACUGCAAACAAGGAGCUGUAAGAGCCGUGCGAUUUAAUGUUGAUGGUGCCUAUUGUAUCACAUGUGGAGGCGAUAAAAAACUGAAAUUGUGGAAUCCACACACAUCCUUACUACUUAAAACUUAUGGAGGUCAUGGCAGUGACGUACUGGAUGCAUGUGGAUCUUGUGACAGUAGUUUCAUAUUGUCGGGUGGGAGCGACAAGACUGUGAUUGUGUGGGAUGUGUCGACGGGUCAGCCGAUUCGUAGACUGCGAGGCCACGCCAGUCGGGUCACCUGUGUCCGCUACAACGAGGAGUCAACGGUCGCUUUCUCAGGCUCACACGAUAACACGGUCAUGUGCUGGGACAUCAAAAGUAGAAGCAACGAACCCAUUCAGGUGCUGAGAGAAGCGAAGGACAGUAUAACCUACAUGCAAGUUACCAAUGAAGAAAUUCUCACUUCAUCGCUUGAUUGCAGUGUUCGAUUCUACGAUAUAAGAAAAGGCCAAAUCACUGAAGACUUUGUUGGAGAGCCUGUUACAUGUGUGAAUUUCACAAGAGAUGGUCAAUGCAUUCUAGUCAGCGCAACAGACAGUGUCAUCAGGUUGUUCGAUAAAACAAGUGGAGAACUUCUGAAUGAAUAUUCGGGCCACAAGACAGACCUGGUGCAGGCGGAGGUGGUUGGCAAGUUGGUGCAUGACGAGGGCAGGACAAGGCCAAUCCACUCGCUCAGUGUGCACCCCACCGCACCUUUCCUGCUCUCCGCUUCCGGCGGCUCCAUCAAGUUAUGGGGUACACCAUCCGCAGAAAACGAGGAGGAAAAUGCCUGAUAAGUCUGAUCAUCCUCUGUAAUUCAAACAUAUUUUGUAAAUAAAUAACACUAGAUUUGA